AUGACUGACACAAAAGGAGAAUCAAUAUAUCACACAUUGGAAGAGUUUUUUAAAGAAAAAGAAAUUCCUAUGUGUAAUAUCUUAUCAGUUGCGACCGAUGGUGCUCCAGCCAUGGUAGGGUGCCAUCGAGGUUUUAUUGCAUAUUUGAAAAAAACUGUACCAAAUGUACUCGCUGUACAUUGUGUCAUUCAUCGACAACAUUUAGUUGCCAAAAAUUUGAGUGAACGCUUACAUAAGUCAUUACAUUAUGUAAUUUCAGCUAUCAAUAAAAUCAAAAAUAAUUCAUUGAAUGAUAGAUUGUUUGGACAACUUUGUACUGAAAAUGAUGAAGAAUUCUAUCAAUUAUUAUUUCACACAGAAGUUCGUUGGUUGUCGAAGGGUGCCUGUUUAGACAGAUUCUAUAAGUUGUUUGACUCGGUACUUGAAUUUUUAAAAACUAAAGAUGAUAUUUUACGAGGCAACUUAAUUAAUUAUAGAAGUGACAUUGCUUAUUUGACUGACCUGUUUAAAAAAUUUAAUGAAACAAAUUUGCAGCUGCAAGGUGAUGAUUUGAAUUUAAUCAAAACAAAAAAUAUUAUUUCUGCAUUUUUAAUAAAACUUCUUAUGUACAAAAGAAAUUUAGGACGAAAAGAAUUUAUACAGUUUCCAAAUCUAUCAAUGGCACAAAAAAAUGAUGAAGAUUUAAUGACAUAUUGUCAACACCUGGAAGCACUACAUUCCGAUUUCAACAAACGAUUUGAGGAUAUUCUUAAAAUAAACAUACCCAAAUGGGUUUUAGAUCCAUUUUCAAAUACAGAAACCAUAGAUUCUGCAAAAUUAGAAGAAGAAUUGAUAGAAGUAACUACACAUGAGGAAUUAAAAUUAAAGUUCAAGGAAGGUUACCAAGUAUUCUGGCUACAAAAGCAGAUACCUAUACUUUAUCCUGGAUUGUGGGCUGUUGUACAAACAUUUCUGAUCGCAUUUCCAUCAUCCUACUUGGUUGAACGUGGAUUUAGUGCAGUAACCAAUCUACUCACUAAAAAAAGACAACGGUUACAAAUAACUAAUCGUGGGGACUUAAGAAUGCUGCUUACGAAAAUCGAACCUAAUAUCAACGAACUUCUAGCAAAACACCAACCACAUCCAUCUCAUUAA